GUCACUUUAUAUGAAUGCCAUUCCCAAGGAGAAAUACGGCUACUGCAAUCCUAUGUGGAUGCUGACGCAGAUGAAAACUUUUAUACUUGUGCGUGGACUUACGACAGCAAUACGAGCCAUCCUCUUCUGGCAGUGGCUGGCUCCCGAGGCAUUAUUCGAAUAAUUAACCCCAUUACGAUGCAGUGUAUAAAGCACUAUGUGGGACACGGAAAUGCAAUAAAUGAAUUGAAAUUUCAUCCGAGGGAUCCAAAUCUCCUUUUGUCUGUUAGCAAAGAUCAUGCACUCCGAUUGUGGAACAUUCAGACAGACACUUUGGUUGCAAUAUUUGGAGGGGUCGAAGGACACAGAGAUGAAGUUUUAAGUGCAGAUUAUGACCUGCUUGGUGAGAAGAUAAUGUCCUGUGGCAUGGACCACUCUCUAAAGCUCUGGCGAAUCAAUUCAAAGAGAAUGAUAAAUGCCAUCAAAGAAUCCUAUGAGUACAAUCCCAAUAAAACGAACAGACCAUUUGUUUCUCAAAAGAUUCAUUUUCCUGACUUCUCUACAAGAGACAUACAUAGAAAUUAUGUAGACUGUGUGCGAUGGCUGGGUGAUCUGAUCCUUUCCAAGUCCUGUGAAAAUGCCAUUGUAUGCUGGAAACCUGGCAAAAUGGAAGACAACAUAGAUAAAAUUAAGGCCAGCGAGUCUAAUGUGACUAUUUUAGGGCGAUUUGAUUAUAGCCAAUGUGACAUUUGGUAUAUGAGAUUCUCUAUGGAUUUCUGGCAAAAGAUGCUGGCAUUGGGCAAUCAAGUUGGCAAACUCUAUGUAUGGGACUUAGAAGUAGAAGAUCCACAUAAAGCCAAGUGCACAACUCUUACUCAUCCAAAGUGUGCUGCUGCCAUUCGACAAACCAGCUUUAGCAGAGACAGUAGUAUCCUUAUUGCUGUGUGUGAUGAUGCCAGCAUCUGGCGCUGGGACAGACUUCGAUAAAUUACGGCUUCCUGAGACUUAUACUGCUUUUUUGCCAUAACUUCUCACCUGCUGAUCCU